UGCAGUAUAUGAAGCUUGUAUUAGUCAUCUUCAUGGCCGUGGUUUUCGCUGUGGGCAACCCUGGAUCCUCUUGGCGAUAUUCCUGUAAUUGGAAUACAGGACAAUAUAAAUGCACUACUGUGCUUUGCACACAUUCCUUAGAUGGUAAACAAAACUGCACCACGAGAGUUACAACUCCACAAGGUGCAGGAGUCAAGAGAAGUGCCUCCUCUUACCGAUAUUCUUGUGCUUGGAAUGCAGGGAAAUAUAAAUGCACUCACAUACGAUGCACACAUUACUUCGAUGGUAACAAAAAUUGCACUACCAGUGUUACUACUCCAAAGGGCGGGGGAGUCCCCAGAAAUAUGCCCAAUAAUGAGCUACCUGCGGAAAUACCCAACUAUUGAGUCCGACUACUAUUUGCCAAGAACACCUUAUAACAAAUUAUUUUUACACGGUUGAAGUAGUUUGUUCCAAAUAUAAUCAGCAGCGAGAACAUGUACAACUGUAUUUGUGUAUAAAGCAUAAAACUCAGAAAUCUUGUUACUUUAGGCUAAAGUAUUUUGUUGAAAGUGCGUUUUAAAUUUUAUGUAAUAAGCCGAAAAU